AUGAGUCCUUUGUACAUUUUCUUCGCCUUCCUCCUGACUUUUGCACAGUGGUCCAAGGCAAGCAACGAAUUUGAACAUGAGGAACACGGAAAUGGACAUGAAUUUCCUGUUACACAUUUCCGUGCAGUAGCAGCAGCAGCUCCCCUGCUCUAUGGGUACGGAUACGGAUACCCAUACGGCUAUGGUCUUGUCCCAUUCAAGAACCGUAAGAAGGCCGCCCAUAAGGAGAAGAGCUCGCACAGAAAGCCCUUCUCUCUACGCUGGACGUGGGAGUCACCCGGUGGAGGGUACCGUAAUGAAAUAGACCACAGCAUCGUCAAUAAAAGGUGCCGCGUGACGGACGUCGUUGUUGUGCCGAAGUUCUAUACGGGAUGGGACCAUCGCCUCUUCCGAGGAAGAUUUUCAUUCACAAGGAGAGAAGAGAAAGCCGCCAAGUUCAGAGAGCGAAAUCCCAGAACUAUCAUUAACUGGGAUCUCUUCGCUACGUUUGCCGGCUUUUGGGAAGAUUCCGCAAUGAACAACAUCGACGAGGAAUAUGACCGGCUCGUUGAACACCUUCACGACCGCGCGAAGAAGGCUGAGGAUUUUAAAACCACCACGAGACUCCUGUCUCUUGAAACUCUCGAAAAGGCGACAAACCAAGACCUUAAAAAGAAAAGAGCAGAGGUGCUGGCUGAAGCUGUAGAGGCGGGGAAGAGCAUCCGCUAUCCCCGUCGUGACUUCGCCAGUCGCAAGACGAGGAUGACUGCUCUCCGGAACCCGAAGGGAACAGCUAUCGAGAAGGGGAUGGAGAAAAUCAUCUAUGAUUUCUACUCUGAUCUCUUCGACAGCCAUACCCACUUGUCUCCUCACCAUCUGAGGGAACACGGACAUGUCAUUCCAGAGGUUCCUCCGAAGUACGACAUGCUAUCAUGUCGGCAAAAAUCGUACGGCACCCGGUCCUGGCAGAAUAAGACCAGGACAACUGAAGAAUCUUUCGCCAAUAUUCAUCAACACCCUUGCGAAUCUCUUUACACGUUACCUGUCGGAAUACAAGGUUCCUAA